UUUCGAUAAUUUCGUGCGCGCGCAUUUUUAAAUAGUUUGUUAUUGUUCAUUGUGCGCAGAAUCGCAUGAAAGAGUUUGAUUUGUACUAAUAAACUACAGAAGAAAGUCAUUUAUUUUAGUUAGUUUUUACUAUUUUUAAUUGUUUUAAACAUGAAACCUCAAAGUUUGAAAAGAAAACGAUCAAUGGGAUGUGCUGUAUUUGAUUGCAGCAGUAGCCAAUAUAAUCUUGAGCUUUGGCGCAAUGAAUUUUGUGAGUUACACAAGGUCUUAAGAAGCAGUUUGACUUGCAGAUGUUCGGAACCUUACAAAUUAUUUGUAUUUCCAUCAGAAAAAAAAUUGCCAGAAAAGCGUUUAAAGUGGCAGCAACUAAUCAACCGUCAAAGCCCUACACGUCGAAAUAAAUACUGCAAAAUUGGAGCCAACCACAGAGUAUGCUCUAAACAUUUUGUUGAUAGUGAACCAUCUGUAGAAAAUCCAUAUCCAAUUAUUAAUCUUGGUUACGAUUCAUCCAAAAAAAUCAAAACUAUUUUAACUGCACAAUCUCUACGAUCGCAAGUAAAUAAAAAAUUAGAGUUAAAUUGUGAUUCUUUACCAUCUUGUGCUUUGCAAUCUUCUUCUGCAACAUCAUUUUUACCAUUGAAUUCAACAUUAAAAUCUACUAAUGAUUCCAUUUUUUUCUUGUCAUCAUCAAAUUUUAAAAAUACAGAAGACAAAAGUUAUGUAGAUUUUUCUAUUAUUAAUACAUCAUUGAAGGACUUACACAAAGAAUCAUUGCAAGACCUACAUGAUGAAUCAUUACAAGACAUACACGAUGAAUCAUUGAAUGACUUACACGAGAAGAUAAAUUUGAAAAAAGAUAUUAAACAAACUAUUUUGGAUAGCAGUAGUAAUGAUCUCCUUGCUAAUGACUUAUUAUUUGAAAAUUUAAGAUUAAGAAAAGAAAAUGGUUAUCUAAGGAGCAAAAACAAAGCAUUUCGUAAAAAAGCAAAUAUGUUUGAGAAACUUUAUUUAAAAAACUCUAAAGAUAUUUAUACUUUGCAUACACAAGUCACCAAGUGCAUUUGUAAGCAAAGUGUUUCAAAUCGCAUUUUGAAAACAAAUAGUGAUUGUGACUUUUUUACUGGGGUUCAAACAUUAGCAGAGUUUAAAUCUCUUCAUAAUAUCAUUUCACCAUUUGUUCGCAGGCGUUGGCGUGGUACACUAAACACUACUCCUAUUUCAAGAAAGUUUAAAAAAGCACCAAAGCAAUUUGGGCCUCUGAGGAAGCUGUUAAGCGAAGAAGAAUUUCUUUUGUUUUUAAUGAAAAUGCGUCUUGGAUUAUUAAAUCGAGAUUUAGCAGAAAGGUUUAAGGUUUCAGAAGCUUUAAUUAGUUCUGUAACAUCUUCUUGGCUUAAAGCAUCUUCUGCAGUAUUAUCCCCGAUUGUUUAUAUUCCUGAUAAAGGUAACAUUGUAAAUACUCGCCCAGAUCGUUUUAUAAAUUACAAAAAUCUGCAUUCUAUUAUGGACGCUACAGAAUUUUUUAUUGAAACUCCCAAAAAUCCAGAUCUACAAAAGUUAACAUGGAGUGAAUACAAGCACCAUAACACAAUAAAAGUUCUUGUUUGUAUAGCUCCUAAUUCUUCAAUAAUGUUUUUGUCUCAUUGUUAUGGAGGAUCUAUCUCAGACAAAGCAAUUACUAAUUUAAGUGCAUAUCUUGACAAAGUUCCACCUCAUUCUCAAAUUAUGGUUGACAAAGGUUUCCUUAUUAAAAAAGAAUGUGACGCUCGACACAUUAUUUUAACUAUGCCACCUGGAAGAAAAGGUUCAGAGCAAAUGACACCUUCUGAAAUUGUUAGCACGCAAAAAGUUGCAAAUCUAAGGAUUCUAGUAGAACAAGUUAUUCGGAGGUUAAAGACUUUUAGAAUUUUGGCUGGAGAAUAUCCAAUUAACAUGACAAGAUGUUUUGAUGACGUAGUUACAGUAUGUGCUGCAUUGUCAAACUUACGGAAAACUAUAUACUUGUAAUGAAAUUAUAGACUACUAUUCUAUUUGCGUUCGCUUUUAAUAGUAUACAAAAAUAAUAAUUUAUCUGUUAUCUGCAUUUGUAGUAUAGGUUGUGUUAAUAAACAUUGUAUCUUAAAUUAUAAAUGUUAUCAUUGUCAAUAUCUCGGAAUAUUUAAGAACUAUUAAAUAAUAUAACUCGAACCUCCGGUGGGACAAAGAAAUUAGUUCAAGUUAUCGGGAAAUAUUCCAUUAUAAAGGGUUGACAACAAACAUUAAAAUAAAUUUAUAUUUUAGUUAUGGUAGGUUAGGUGCAUGGAGUGUAUUUUUAAUAAUCUACCCUGCUCCACAAAAUUCCUUUGCGCCGGUGCCCAACGCCACCAAAAAUUCC